CAGCUGUCAGCCGACGAACCACGAAAAGCGAAAAGUUGUUACGCGAGACCGGAACGGGGACCGCAAGAGCCGAAAACGCGACAAGAAAAGUGGUGAUUAGGCGGAGGAAUCGGACGUAAUUUUUCGGGGCGCGUGAGGGACAAACGUAAGUACGCAAUAAAAUAUCGAGCCGACUAGGUUGAGGGUGGCGCCGCUUGAGAUGAGAUUUAUUUGAAGCCCGCGGGAGAACAACAAGAAAGCACGAUACCUUUACGACGAUGGCAGUUUCGUUCUGCGGAAAGCGGAUUCUGUUGACCCGGUCCAACCUGCUGGCCAACCAGAAGCGACAUGGUUAUAUCGUACUAGUACCGGAGAUUGGGGAGGAUCUUCCGGAGAGAAAUCCCUUGGCCAAAUCCGAGAAUGGUUUACCGGAGUUCAACAGCGUAACGAUCGAAAAGUGCGUCGGAGCGAUUGGCCAGCAGGCGAUUGCCGUGGAGAAGGGGGUUAAAGCUAUUGAAGGGAAAAUCACAGCGGAUGGAGGUGGUCCAUUGGACGUGAUUAAGGAUGUCAUUCUGCCGCUGGAGACGGUAGGGGCUUCGUUGGAGACGACCUGGGGAGUGGCCAAAACGCUGUAUUUGGGAAACAGCUCGAAGAUGCCGACCAAGAGCUACUUGACCAUUCACGAAAGAGCCCGCGGAGCGAGAAGGUGCAAGUUCAACAGUCUGCCAAUUUAUGGCGCCCUGAAGGAAGCCAACAAGAAUCAGAAGUUUCCGCAGGAAGAAAGCAGAUUGAUCAGCAAGUACCUUCUGGAGUCUAAGCUGAACGGAAUCAAGGUGGAAGGAUCGGCCAAGCAGGAACUCAAAGAAGUACUGGAAAAGUUAACCCAGGAGCGGUCCAAGUUCCAUGGAAAGUGUGAAGUGGCCGUGAAGAAGUUUUCCCAUGUGAUUAAAGAUCCGGCUUUGAUGCAGGAGUUUCCCCCAACGUUGCUCCAGGCUUUGGCUGUGGAUCAAUCCCAGGUUAUCAAGGGGCCCUGGAAGGUGACCCUGCAGCCGUACGUGGUUCAGAAGUUUUUGGAAUACUGCCCGGAUAGGACUCACCGGUGGAAUUUGUGGCAGGCGGACACGAGGAAGUGCUCGAAUCACACGGACAAGUCACUGGAGAACAGUACGCACCUGGAGCAGAUUCGAGGGUUAAGGAAGCGCCAGGCAAAGUUGCUGGGGUACGAAAACUAUGCGGACAUGUCCAUGGAGACGAAGAUGGUCGGUUCAGUGGACGCACUGAGAGGGACUAUGGCGGAGUUGCUUCAGUACGCAAGACCGGCGUUGGAGAGUGAGAUGGCCUCCUUGGAGGAGUUUGCCGUAGAUCACGGAUUCAAGGCCAAGCUGGACCUCUACGAUGUGCCGUACUGGAAGCGAAGGCAGCUAAUUGAGUGCCAUGAUUUUGACAAGGAAGCGCUGAGAGAAUACUUCCCGAUGCCGAAGGUUUUGAGUGGGCUGUUCAAGCUGGCCGAGUCGAUGUUUGACAUCCGGAUUGUGGAACGGACCGGCGUGGAUACUUGGCACGAGGAUGUUAAGUUCUUCGACAUCUUCAAUGGAAGCAAAGGCACCGAGCCGAUUGCCGGAUUCUACACCGAUUUAUACUCUCGCGAGGAGGAGAAGAUAUCCGUGGCCGGUAAUUCCGGAUGGAUGGUCGGAAUUGUGAACAAGAGCACCGUCGCCGGAGACAAUCCGUUGGCAGCUCUGAUCUGCAAUUUCCCAGCUCCUUUGUACGGAAAACCUUCGCUGUUGUCUUUGGACGAUGUAAACAUCUUGUUCCACAAAUUUGGUCACGCCCUGCAACAUCUACUGACCGAGAUGCCCUACAGCGAACUGGCUGGCCUUUCCAACGUCGAAUGGGAUGCCGUUGAAAUCUCGGGACACGUCCUGACCCAUCUGCUGUACGAUCCGGAUGUUCUUCGCUCAAUCAGUUCCCACUACGGCACGGAACAACCCCUUCCAGACGAAUGCAUCGCAGCCAUCCAGAAAAACCAGAAACACCUGGCCGGUUACAGCCUAUGUAGGGAGCUAUACUUCUCCCAUCUGGAUCUUGACCUGCACCUCACAUCCGAUUACUGGUGGGACAUCGUCAAGAACCUAUACCCGCAGUUCCAUACCUUCCCGUUGGACAAAAAAGACGCCCAUCCCUGCUCAAUGACCACCAUCUUCUCCGGUGACUGGGGAGCGGCCUACUUCAGCCGGCUCUGGUCCCGAAUGGUCGCCGCGGACGUUUACAGUGCCUUCGUGGAGGCCAAAUCCAAAGGCCAGCAGUCGGAUGCCGGCCGAAGAUUCCGUGAAACGUUCCUUGCCCUGGGCGGUGGAUGCCAUCCGUCGGAAGUGUUCCGUCAGUUCCGGGGACGCGAUCCAUCACCCAAGGCUCUGCUGCAGAACCUGGGCAUCUACAAGCCGAUUCAUUCGACGACCACGACUGCUGGUAGUCCGAGCCCUAGUGGAAGCGAGUGAACAAAAAAAAAAAGAAACGAUUGUUGUUAAAACUUUUACUUGAGUGUUGUUGAACGGAAACAGUCAAUAUAAGAUUUAUUGUAUGGUUCAAACCGCA